AAUGUGUAAAUAGUGGAAUUAAGCGCUGUUAGCUCUGUUUCUAAUUCAGAUUAUUUUGUUCACAGUGAUGAACACGGGCCAGGAAAGAUGAACUCCGGUCAGACCUCCUUUUAUGUAAAUGAAAAUAUUCUCCUGGAAUUCACCACCAACAACCAGGAUAUUUAUCAAAAGAUCAAAGUUAAACUGCUGAAAGAGGGGAAGCACAAGCCAUCCUGAAGAAUCUGGAGAACACACAAAAAUAGUUUGCUACAUUUAAUAGACAAAUAAAGCCAAGUCCCGACAUGGAGAAACAUCAGCACUCUGUCAAGAGUUUUACUAAACAGAGUGAUCUCAAAAAACAUCAGCGCAUUCACACAGGAGAGAAACUGUAUCACUGCUCAGACUGUGGAAAGAGUUUUAAUCGACAGAGUCAUCUCCAACAACACCAGCGCAUUCACACAGGAGAGAAACCGUAUCACUGCUCAGACUGUGGGAAGAAUUUUAAUCAACAGAGUACUCUCAAAACACAUCAGCGCAUUCACACAGGAGAGAAACCGUAUCACUGCUCAGACUGUGGGAAGAGUUUUACUACCCAGAGUGAACUUAAACAACACCAGCGCAUUCACACAGGAGAGAAACCGUACCACUGCUCAGACUGUGGGAACAGUUUUAAUCAACAGGGUCAUCUCAAACUGCACCAGCGCAUUCACACAGGAGAGAAACCGUAUCACUGCUCAGACUGUGGGAAGAGUUUUACUACCCAGAGUGAACUUAAACGACACCAGCGCAUUCACACAGGAGAGAAACCGUAUUACUGCUCAGACUGUGGGAAGAGUUUUAAUCAACAGAGUACUCUCAAAAACCACCAGCGCAUUCACACAGGAGAGAAACCAUAUUACUGCUCAGACUGUGGGAAGAGUUUUAAUCAACAGAGUACUCUCAAAACACACCAGCGCAUUCACACAGGAGAGAAACCGUAUCGUUGCUCAGACUGUGGGAGGAGUUUUACAGCACAGAGUGAUCUCAAAAAACACCAGCGCAUUCACACAGGAGAGAAACCGUAUCACUGCUCAGACUGUGGGAAGAGUUUUACUGAACAGAGUAAUCUCAAAAACCAUCAGCGCAUUCACACUGGAGUAAAACCAUAUUACUGCUCAGACUGUGGGAAGAUUUUUACUACACAGAGUAAUCUCAAAAAUCACCAGCGCAUUCACACAGAAGAGAAACCGUAUCACUGUUCAGAUUGUGAGAAGAGUUUUGCUACACAGAGUCAACUUUAAAAUCAUCAGCGCAUUCACACAGGAGAGAAAACUGUCCCAAAUUUGUUCCACGGCAAUAAAAAGCGCAAAUCGUAAAUCUUUCAGACAGAACACCUUAUCCUACACAAAUGUUUCACUUUGUCACUUGGGACACGUUCCACCAGAAACAAACAUGAACUGAAUUUAACAACGGAUUUUACAUAUUCAGCAAAAUGAAUCUGAUCCAGAUGAUGUUUAUUGAAAUUAAUGUUAUGUUUUCUCGUAUGUUUGAUAUUCCAGGACAUUCACUCGUUGAUGUACUUUUACUCUUUUCUAAUAUAUAUUUAUAUAUACAUAUAUGUAAUGCUGAAACUAUUUUACCAGUAAACUUUCAUACAUUUUAAAUUCUAA